ACGGGAAAAUUCUAUUUUUUUCUAUGCGUCAGAUUUUUCGUAUUUGGGAAUUUCCCAUAUAAAGUGCCAGAUUACUGUUCAGUAUUUUGUUGCAAGACGAAUGAUCUAACUUUAGAAUGUUUCAAAAACCGUUUAGAACUAAGUCAAACACUUUACUUCGAAGCUCAGACAAGAAACGACUGCGCAGUGAAGUUGAAAAAUCGUUCUCCGCCGAUGGGUUUAGCUUGCCAAUAACCGAAGUCAUCGGUAAUAAAGAAGAAGUUUAUAUUCUCAAGCUAUAUUCCCAUAAAGGUGAUAAUGUGGCAAUCUACUCCAUGAGAAACAGCCCGGUGCUGUUCGAACAUGAAAAGAAGAUAUUUCCUUCUGUUUACUUCCUAUGGGAACAUACAAUGCUUGUUCCUUCUAUACCAACCCAAACAUUUGUUAUACAGAAGCUUGCUAAUGGCGCAGAUUUGAUGUUGCCUGGGGUUGUUUUUCAUCCCAAUCUUGACUUCCCAUGCUUUGAAAGAGGGUCAGUGGUUGCCAUUAAUACAUUAGAGAAUUCAUCAGCAUUGGCUGUGGGGGUGGCUCUCAUGUCUUCUAAUGAAAUGUUGGAAAGUAUAGACAAACGUGGCAAAGCUGUUCAUAUUCUGCAUGUGUUUGGCGACCAUCUUUGGUCUCUUGGUGAAAAGACACAACCCCCUACCAUACCACAUACUUUCGAUACGCAUGAGAACAGCACAUUGGACAAAAACACUGAAUUAGAAAAUCUUGUUGAAAAUGUUGAAAUAAAUAGCAGUGAGGUGGAAACUGAAACAACAGACACAACUGAGGCUGGAUGUAGCUUGGAAGGAGGUGAUAAACAAAGUACAGACACCGAGGAAAGUGUUGAAAAUGAGACAGACACCUUAAUGGAGAAGGAAUCUAUUGAUGAGUCUACUUCUGUUGAGGAAGAAACAGAGAUAGAGGAAGUUAUUGAUAUGGACGAAGUGUUGCGUGUUUGUUUCAUGACUGCAAUUAAAUCAACAUUAAAAGAUAACCAACUUCCAAUACUGGCAAGCUCCUUUUACAGGUCUCAUGUUCUGCCUUGUUCACCACCCGAUGUGAAUUUAGAAAUAAAGAAAACAUCGUAUAAAAAGUUAGGAAAAUAUCUCAAGUCAGUUGCAGCCACUGGUCUUAUUGAAGUGAAAGAAUUAACGAAAGGAGCUGACAGCAUUGUAAAAGUAAAUCGCUCACACCAAGAUUACUGCCAUUUCAAGGUUGUCAAAAGAGAGGCUGAUACAAAUGAGAGCGAAGAAAAAAAUACAGAAGUUCAAUUUGGUGUAGUUACACAAAAACAAUAUGAACCUCCUGAAAUUUCACUUUUAUGUGGGGUGAACGCAGCUACACUUUCUUUUUUUAAGGAGAUGGGUGUUUCUAAGGGUGGCGUGCUGAUGCCCACAGAAGUGAGAAGUCUUGUAACUGAAUAUGUUAAUAUGAAUAACCUCGCUGAGGGUCGAUACGUAAAGCUUGAUCCAAUUUUACACAAUACAUUAUUUGGUCGACAAGGUUCAGCAGAUGUAACACAAGAAAGCUGGGAAAAUGUAUUCAAAAUUUUGACAUCUAAGAUGCAAGUACAUUAUCAGCUCAAGUUUAAGAAUAUGACGCCCAUUGUACAUAAAGGGACGCCUCCAUGUGUUGAAAUAUCUACACAGAAGCGAACUGGGAAUAAAAAAGUAACUCUGGUUAAAAACCUUGAAAGUUUUUUGAUUGAUCCACACCAGUUUAUGGAUGUGAUAAGAAAAUCUGCGCAAGCCAGCACCUCUAUUAGUUUGUUGCCUAAUUCAAAACCAAACCACCCAUUUUAUCAGGUUUUAGUCCAGGGAAACCAAGUACAAAACGUUGAGUCCAUUCUUACUGGGGAGUUAUAUAAACUGCCGCGAAAGUAUUUAAAGGGUUUAGAAAAUGCUCCCAAACCCAAAGGAAAGCGAAAAUAAUUUAGUUAGUUUAAAUUCAGCAAUAAAUAAACCUUACAUGACUUUGUUUGAAAAUGUACAAGAGGUGGUGUAGGAUUUCUGUUGAAAAUUCCUACAAAGAGUCUAUAUGAGGGAAGUUACUGAAUCAAUAUAGGUGAGGCAAAGUUGUUAUGACAUUUGAAAUAUUUAAUAAUUUGUUCAACUUAUUGGAUAUUUUUAUUUGUACCUAUAUGCUUUACUUUCUUUUGCGUUCGUGUUAUGUUUUUUUCCCGGCAGCUGAAUUUAUUCCCCUUUGUGUGUAGUAGGAUCUUGAGCUGAUGACGGUGUAAGUCUGUUGUGUGAAAUUAAUGUUUCUCUUCAUUUUUGAACUUUAUGGGGGAGAGUCACAGUAGACUACCGUGGUUGUUUUUCUGAAGGGAUUGUGUCAUUUUACUUGGUAUCGGUUGCCUAUUACUCUAAAAGUUCAACCUGUUUACGGUUUAAAUCAGAAAAUCCUGAUCGGUCCUUGAUAAAACAAAAUCAAGACUUUUUGACUUUAUUUUGUUUUCGCAUUAAUUGAAUGUACAACGAUAAAACAAUAGACAAUGUUAAAAGGUUUACAAUUCGUUUUAGCGAUUGUACGUUAGAUACUCUAUAUACAAAAUCUGUGAUUAGUAUUACAGAGACGAAAUUUUA